AAUUGUUCAGAAAGAUUUAGAUGUAAAGAAUCUGUAGUUAAAGAUGGAUCACUAUGUAAAAGAUGUGAAAAGAAUCAUGUUCAUUGUAGAAAUUUAUGUCAAAAAUGUUGUAAACAAUAUCAAUGUAAUGAUUUAAUAUGUUCAAAUUGUGUUGAAAAUAAUAUUGAAUGUGAAAGAACAAUGAUUACAACGCAAGAACAAUUUAAAAAAGUUAAUGAACAGGGUGUUAAAUAUUUUUCUGGACAAUACGAAAGAGGUGAAACUGGACAAUUUCAUGAGCAGUAUUAUGUUCAAUUAAAUUCAUGGAUGAAUUUUAAAUGGAUUAAGGAAAUUUUUGGAAAUAUGAGUAUGAAUAUAAUGAAUAAUUUUUAUGGAGGUGAUAAAAAUGAUUGUUGUGAUAAAUGUGAUGAUUUUUGUCAAGAAUUUCGUGAAUUAUUAAUUGUUUGUGAUAGUUUAGGAAAUGAAUUAAAUUCGGAGCAAAAAGGUCCAUUUAUUUUUGGAGAAGAAAAUUUUAAAGAAAAAAUAGGCACUGAAAAAGUGAAAAUUGAUGAAAAAGAACAAGGGAGUUUUGAAAAUGCUGUAAAUAUUAUACUUGAUCCAACAACAAAUUAUGAAUUUAUUAAUAUUUUUAAACAAGAUCCAAAAAUGGAGGAGGAGAAGAAAGAAAUCGAAAAAGAAUUGUAUUAUAAAUCAUCUUAUGAAUUAGAUGAUUUUUGGGUUUCUAAAAUAAUAUUUGAAUGGAUUAAAGAAAAUUUGUUUACAAAAAAGAAACAAUAUAAGAGUAUAAUGAUUGUGGGAAAUACUCGUUCAG